AUGGCAUCACUUCAAAUGGGCUUCUCAACCCGUCUUCUGACGUUCGGCCUGCUCCUCAUUACUCUGGUGGCCGGCACUUUUGCCGCUCCCUUGCGUGUCGACCAUGAAACCGCCCUUCCGCCUACGGGAGCCCCUCCUCCCCGCCCCGGACCUACUAUAAACAUACAAAGAAGCACCAAUGCAGAAUAUCUGGGGGUCGACAUGACGAUUUUGAACCAAGCUUCCUCAGGGGACUUGUUCAUCAGAAACGCCCAUCUCAGUUCGGGCAAGUGGUUCGAAUACCCCGACGCAGGCGAACAGCUUUCCCACGACCAAGUGGAAGCCAAAUCCGCCAGCCCAAACGGCGGAUCGAUGGUCGUGGCCUCAUCCGGUAGAGCCUGGACGCCUACCGGCACCGAGGGCCACUUCGACAUCUACCAUGGCGACAUCAAGGUGUGCCAUGUCUACUGGGAUUGUCCGUGGUCUCGCAGAUCUAAUUCCUUUGAGGUUUCCGAAGUUGAUGAUAGUUAUGCGGUUGAAGCCACUGGAGCGAGUUUGAACAAGGGCCCGCUUGGAUCUAUUACUAUCGAGGUGGUAAAUACUGGUGAGGGAGAAUGA